AUGUCGCGAUCACCCAGUCCUGCGGCACCCCGCCCUCGCACCGAUGAGAAUGUGUUCCUCUUCGCGCCAAACCUCAUCGGCUACACUCGCGUCAUCCUUGGCGCGGCAGCGUUGACAUACAUGCCGACGCAUCCCAAGUUCUGCACGGUCGCAUACUGCGUCUCUGCACUGCUCGAUGCGGUGGAUGGGCAGGUCGCACGGGCUUUGGGGCAGACGAGCAAGUUUGGCGCCAUCCUGGACAUGGUGACAGACCGAUGCAUGACCUCCUGCCUGCUCUGCUUCCUCGCGUCCGCCUACCCUCGGGCAGCGCUCCUUUUCCAGUUUCUCAUCUCGCUCGACUUCUCCUCCCACUACAUCCACAUGUAUGCCUCCAUCUCGAGCGGCUCGCGCAGCCACAAGACGGUGACGAAGGAGCAGAGCUGGAUCCUCUGGUCGUACUACAACAACAGCCGCACCCUCUUCAUCUUCUGCGCGGCCAACGAGCUCUUCUUCGUCGCCCUCUACGUCCUUUCCAACUACCACAAGCCCCUCCUCACCUCGCUCCACGCCCUCCCUCCUUCGCUCCUCGCCCUCCCCGCACCCGUCCUAAAGAUGGUCCUCAAGACUUCGUGGCCUCACGUCGUCGCCAUUCUCACCGCUCCCAUCAUGGUCGGCAAGCAGAUCAUCAACGUCGUGCAGUUCUGGAAGGCGGCGAAAGCGCUCACCGAGGCGGACCAGGAGGAGCGGUAUGCGAUGCAGAUGGCCAAGAAGCAGUAG